UCAGGCAGGCCCCUGGGAUGUAUACUUUAAAACACACACAGGCUUAGAAAUUUCCCCGCGUACACACCAGUAAGGCCAGCCGAAAGGAGCGGCAGAUAGGUGCAGUGGCGUUGUUGGAAGACCAGAGAGCAGAGCAUACAGGAUGGCUGGAAGGAGACGAGGCCGAGGCAGCAACGUCCAGCAACAACAGACCCCACGGAACCAAAGAGGAGGCUCUCGUAGGGCUCUCCGGGAACCAGCUGCUUUUGCCAAGUCUACAGGUUGUGAAUCAGAGGUCCCCCAUGAAAAGUUGACCCUUGCCCAAGCACGAAGGGGCACACCAGUUCAUCGUCCAGUGCGAGUCUACGCUGAUGGGAUCUUUGAUCUGUUCCAUUCGGGGCAUGCUCGAGCUCUAAUGCAGGCCAAAAAUGUUUUCCCCAACACAUACCUGAUAGUAGGAGUCUGCAGUGACGAGCUCACCCACAAGUUUAAGGGUUACACGGUGAUGACAGAGGAUGAACGCUACGAAGCCCUGAGGCACUGCCGUUAUGUUGACGAGGUGGUGCGAGACGCUCCCUGGACCCUUUCCGCAGAGUUCCUCAGGAAACAUAAGAUUGACUUUGUGGCCCAUGACGACAUCCCUUAUACCUCUGCUGGAUCACACGAUGUUUAUAAACACAUCAAGGAAGCAGGGAUGUUUGUGGCCACUCAGAGGACAGAAGGUAUCUCCACAUCUGAUCUGAUCACUCGAAUCGUCCGUGACUAUGACAUCUAUGUUCGACGCAACCUGCAAAGAGGCUACACAGCUCGAGAACUAAAUGUUGGAUUCAUUAAUGAGAAGAAAUACCGUCUGCAGGAGCAGGUGGACAAGAUGAAAGAGACAGUCCGUACAGUGGAGGAAAAGUCCAAACACUUUGUCUACAGAGUGGAAGAGAAGAGUCAAGACCUCAUCCACAAGUGGGAAGAGAAGUCGCGAGAAUUCAUUGGCAACUUCCUGGAGCUUUUUGGACCUGAUGGAGCCUGGCAUGCGAUUCAGGAACGCAGUGGCCGUAUGCUGCAGGCCCUUUCACCUUACUCCUCGCCCCGCGGCUCCCCCAGCAGUAGUCCCACCAGAAGACGGUCUGUUUCUCCUGACUCCGCCUCAGCCUCUGCUUCCCCCUCCUCUCUGUCCCCUCCUUCCUCCCCCUCUUCACCAAAGAAGACCACACGCUCCUCUCUCAAAGCUGCAUCCACACUCAGUGAACAUGUACAAUAAGGUCAUCUUGGUUUGAUCUUUUUUGUUGGUCUCCUUACAGGCUGUUGGUCAAUAACCUGGUUCAUAAUGUGUCAAAUGAGGUUAUCAAUUAAAUUAACCAAUGACAAGGAAGUAUUUACUGGUUUAUUCAAGUGCAAUAUAUCACAAUGUACAUAAUGUUUCUUCACUGAAAAUAAAUGGAAAAGACAUUAAAAUUUCCUCAGAUGUUA